GGUGUACCUGGCACGAGAACUGAAAGACAGCGCAGAUCUUUUUGAGAGACGCCACCAGAGUGAGCCAAUCUGCACCCCUUCCCUUCUGUACCUGCCUGCUGUACCAUGGGAUGUCGGCAAAGCUCUGAGGAGAAAGAGGCAGCGCGGCGGUCCCGUAGGAUUGACCGCCACCUGCGCUCUGAAAGCCAGCGACAACGAAGAGAGAUAAAACUCCUCCUCCUGGGCACUAGCAAUUCUGGCAAGAGUACUAUCGUAAAGCAGAUGAAAAUCAUUCACAGCGGUGGCUUUAACUUGGAGGCCUGUAAGGAAUACAAACCUCUGAUUAUCUAUAAUGCAAUUGACUCUCUCACGCGUAUCAUUCGGGCUCUGGCCACCCUCAAGAUAGAAUUUCACAAUCCUGACAGAGCAUACGAUGCAGUGCAGCUUUUUGCCCUGACAGGCCCAGCUGAGAGCAAAGGGGAGAUCACCCCGGAGCUGCUGGGGGUGAUGAAGAGGCUGUGGGCAGACCCCGGCGUGCAGGAGUGUUUUUGCCGCUCCAACGAGUACCACCUGGAGGAUAAUGCUGCCUACUACCUGAACGACCUGGAACGGAUCGCAGCCCUGGACUACAUCCCCACGGUGGAAGAUAUUCUGCGGUCUCGGGACAUGACCACAGGGAUUGUAGAAAAUAAGUUCACCUUCAAAGAGCUGACUUUCAAAAUGGUGGAUGUGGGUGGACAGAGAUCUGAACGCAAAAAGUGGAUCCACUGUUUCGAGGGGGUUACAGCAAUAAUUUUCUGUGUGGAGCUGAGUGGGUAUGACUUGAAGCUGUAUGAAGAUAACCAAACAAGUCGAAUGGCAGAAAGUUUGCGUCUGUUUGAUUCCAUCUGCAACAACAACUGGUUUAUCAACACUUCCCUCAUCCUUUUUUUGAAUAAGAAAGAUCUGCUGGCAGAAAAAAUCCGACGCAUCCCCUUAACAGUCUGCUUUCCUGAAUACAAAGGCCAAAACACUUACGAGGAGGCAGCAGUCUACAUCCAACGCCAGUUUGAGGACUUGAAUCGCAACAAGGAGACCAAGGAGAUCUACUCACACUUCACCUGUGCCACUGAUACCAGUAACAUACAAUUUGUGUUUGAUGCAGUGACAGAUGUCAUCAUUCAGAACAAUCUCAAAUACAUUGGCCUCUGCUAAGAAUCCUUGGGUUUAAUCUCUUUUCCUGAAGUGAUAAAAAGGGGGCUAACUUCUUCCACUUCUAGUGGAAAAAAAUUGGGCAAUGCUUAAUAGCCGAAGGAGAGAAACGGGGGAAAUCUGAUAUAUGAACACAGUUCCUCUUAUGCCCCCUUAACCUGCUACAUAAAGCUCCCCAAAUAUAUGUUCUGGAGAGUGAGAGCCUCCUCUCCAAGAAAAUCAAACACCCCCAGUGAAAAAAGAAAAAACCCAACCAAAAACUCAAAACCCCAAAAAAAAGAAAAAAAAGAGAUUGAGGCCAAACUCUGUGGAGAUGUUUCACCACAGUCACUGCACUUUUAUUCCAUUUGUUUCAUUCCAUUUCCUACAGUGGGAGUGUUAUCAUGUUCUGUGUAAGAAAUGACUCUUCAUCCAGUUGUCCUAAAAUUUUAUUGACAUAAAAAUAUAAAUCUGGUGAGUGACAGAUGAACUUGUUUGCAGGGUGGGGAGCGGAAUGCUUGUGUUGGGGAGAAAAGCUAGUUCAAACCAGAAGCUACUGAGUGAGAGAGUUAAAGCAAAAUACUACUUAAAUCUGUAGAGAGUGGGCAUGCACCCACAACAUUGGUAUCCACAGUCAAGAGUAUGUACACAUCCAUCAUGUAUGCACAUGCACAUGACUCUCAGCAUAUACUAUGUACACACCUCUGCUUUACUUUACUGUUUCUCAUGGACACCUUGCCUAUUAAAGGAAUUGUUGGUGCGCAACUGUUUUGUGAGUUCCUAAGACUAGCAGCUCUUUCUGCUCUUUCUGGCUUCAAAUAUGCAGCAAAACUACAUGAAAUGAAUCUUUGAAUAGGCCAAAUUUAGGUCGGUGUUUCUUCUACUGUUAAGGAGUUUUAUACAUCAAAACAGUCUUCUUUUACAUCUUUUUUUGCCAAAUCUUGUGGUGUUUCAUGAAAAACCAAAUUAUAUUUAAGAAGUAGGUUAGUGUUCCUUUUUUAAUACAGAUUAAAAAAAAUAAAUCACAAAGCAAUUUUUAAAAUUAUUGUUGUAGUGUCUGGAUUGCUGAAUGUGAAAGUUGCCAACGGACAAUUAUGUUCCACUGCUCCAAAUACCUUCUGGGUAUUGUAAUAUUAUAACAGAUUUCCCAAGAAGCAGGAGCCCUGGAGAUUGUGUAGUGUAUAACCUCAAAAGUCUUUUUUUGUUGGUUUUUAAAAUUAUUUUUAAAAUGUGAUGUGUUAUUAGAAGGUUAAAGAUGAGCGAUAUGAACAAUAACUAAAUGUCUUGUUAUUUCAAUUUAAUAAUUUAAAUUAUUUACAGUUUAGUGAAGUUAAUGAAACUGAAGAGAUGCAAUCCUCAGCUCCAGGUUUCAUCUCAUAAAGAAACACUACUGGAUGGAGUAACAUUCCUGCAAAAGUUUGAAUGCAUAAGAAGCUCUGUGGGACUACACUGGAAAAUCUCAUAUGGAUUAUAUAGACCUAAGUCUUUGGUCAGUUGGUUCUUUCCCCUGCCAUAGAAAAGACUUCUUAAAGACAUCAGUGUAAAGUUGGUGUGUAAAUAAAUGUUUGAUAACUGUAAAGCACAUACGUACACAGAGACACAGACACACAUG